CUCUCAGACUGACUGAAGUUCAGAAGAUGAGUGUUUGUAUAGAAAAGGAGGACAGAGCAGAGUCUGUGAGGAGCGACCAGUCCAAAGAGUCCCCUCUAGUCUUCAGUAAUGGACCUGGACCCUCAGGCACAAAACUGACUGAAGUUCAGAAGAUGAGUGUUUGUAUAGAAAAGGAGGACAGAGCAGAGUCUGUGAGGAGCGACCAGUCCAAAGAGUCCCCUCUAGUCUUCAGUAAUGGACCUGGACCCUCAGGCACAAAAAUUGAUUCUAACAGACAGAGAGCAGAGUCAGCAGUGUCCAGCUGUCUGUCUAUGAAGAGUGAUCAGUCCAAAGAGCCUCCUCUAGUUUUCAGUAAUGGACCUGGACCCUCAGAUACAAGAGAGAGGAAGAGGAGUCCUGUUCCUGUGGAGGAGCAGCCGUCCUGCUGUGCUUUGUGUCAGGACGUCCUGACGUCUCAGGUUAUUUGUUCUUCUCUUUCAGCAGAUAGUGGUCUGCAGGAGGUUUUAGAUGAACAUAAGAUCAGUCUGAGGAGGAGAUGUGAACGUGUGACUGAAGGAAGUGAUGAAACAGGAAGUGGAACCCUCCUCAACAGGAUCUACACUGAGCUCUACAUCACAGAGGGACAGAGUGAAGAGGUUAAUACCCAGCAUGAGGUGAGGCAGCUUGAGACAGCUUCCAAGAUGGAGACCCUCCAUGACGCUCCAAUCAGGUGCCAGGACAUCUUUAAAGCCUUACCUGGCCAACAGAGAGCCAUCAGAGUGGUUCUGACCAACGGCGUCGCUGGUGUUGGAAAAACCUUCUCGGUGCAGAAGUUCACUCUGGACUGGGCAGAGGGCUCGGAAAACCAAGAUGUCAGUCUGCUGGUUCUGCUCUCGUUCAGGGAGCUGAACUUGAUCAAAGAUGAGCAGCACAGUCUCCUCACGCUGCUCCAUGUUUUCCAUCCAACAUUACAGAAGGUCCCAGCAGAGAAGCUCGCUGUCUGGAAACCGUUGUUCAUCUUUGACGGCCUGGAUGAAAGCAGACUUUCAUUAAACUUCAACAACAAUGAGGUCGUGUCUGAUGUCACACAGAAGUCAUCAGUCAACCUGCUGCUGACAAACCUCAUUGUGGGGAAUCUGCUUCCCUCGGCUCUCGUCUGGAUAACUUCCCGACCUGCGGCGGCCAAUCAGAUCCCUCCUUCAUGUGUUGACAGGGUAACAGAAGUACGAGGCUUCACUGACGCCCAGAAGGAGGAGUACUUCAGGAGGAGAGUCAGUGAUGAAGAGCUGUCCAGCAGAAUCAUCUCACACAUCAAGACCUCCAGGAGCCUCCACAUCAUGUGUCUAAUCCCAGUCUUCUGCUGGAUCACUGCUACAGUUCUGGAGCACAUGUUGACUACAGAGCAGAGAGGAGAGCUGCCCAAGACCCUGACUGACAUGUACUCACACUUCCUGCUGGUUCAGACAAAGAGGAAGAAGCACAAGUAUGAUGAGGGACAUGAGACGAGUCCACAGGAGCUGACGGAGGCUGACAGGAGGGUUCUUCUGAAGCUGGGGAGGCUGGCGUUUGAACAGCUGGAGAAAGGAAACAUCAUGUUCUACCAAGAAGACCUGGAGCAGUGUGGUCUUGAUGUCACAGAGGCCUCGGUGUACUCAGGAGUUUGUACAGAGAUCUUCAAAAGAGAGAGUGUGAUCUUCCAGAAAACAGUCUACUGCUUUGUUCAUCUGAGCGUUCAGGAGUUUCUGGCUGCAGUCUACAUGUUCCACUGUCACACCAACAGGAAGCUAAAAGUACUGAAGAAACUCCUGGGGAAAAAACAUGUUGAUUUAACCCUGGAUGUUUUAUUGAUGGAAGCAAUGGAGAAAUCCCUUGAGAGUAAAAAUGGCCACCUGGACCUGUUUGUUCGCUUCCUUCAUGGCCUCUCUCUGGAGUCCAACCAGAGACUCUUAGGAAGCCUGCUGGGUCAGACAGACAACAGUCCAGAAAUCAUCCAGAGAGCCAUCAACAACCUGAAGGAGAAGAGGACAAAUAUCUCUCCAGACAGAAGCAUCAACAUCUUCCACUGUCUGAUGGAGAUAAACGACCACUCAGUAAAUCAGGAGAUCCAAGAGUUCCUGAAGUCAGAGAACAGAUCAGAGAAGAAACUCUCUGACAUCCACUGCUCAGCUCUGGCCUACAUGCUGCAGAUGUCAGAGGAGGUUCUGGAUGAGUUGGACCUGAAGAAGUACAACACAUCGGUGGAGGGACGACUGAGACUGAUUCCAGCUGUGAGGAACUGCAGAAAGGCUCAACUUUUUAGAUGUGGACUCUCAGAGACUCACUGUGAAGUCGUGGCCUCAGGUCUGAAGUCGAACCCCUCCCAUCUAAGAAUGCUGGACCUGAGUAAAAACAAGCUGGAGGAUUCAGGAGUGACGCUGCUGUCUGCUGGACUGGAGAGUUCACAUUGUAGACUGGAGGCUCUGAGAUUGUGGCGCUGCAGUUUGUCAGAGAUCAGCUGUGCUUCUCUGGCCUCAGCUCUGAAGUCCAACCCCUCCCAUCUGAGAGAGCUAAUCCUGAGUGACAACAAGCUGCAGGAUUCAGGAGUGAAGCUGCUGUGUGGUUUUCUGGAGAGUCCACACUGCAGACUGGAGACUCUGAGAUUGUUUGGUUGCAGGUUGUCAGAGAUCAGCUGUGCUUCUCUGGCCUCAGCUCUGAAGUCCAACCCCUCCCAUCUGAGAGUGCUGGAGCUGAGUAACAACCAAGAGCUGCGGGAUUCAGGAGUGAAGCUGCUGUGUGGUUUUCUGGAGAGUCCACACUGCAGACUGGAGACUCUGAGAUUGAGUUCCUGCAGUUUGUCACAGAUCAGCUGUGCUUCUCUGGCCUCAGCUCUGAAGUCCAACCCCUCCCAUCUGAGAGAUCUGGAGCUGAGUUUCAACCAAGAGCUGCGGGAUUCAGGAGUGAAGCUGCUUUGUGGUUUUCUGGAGAGUCCACACUGUAGACUGGAGACUCUGAGAUUGUUGGACUGCAGUUUGUCAGAGAUCAGCUGUGCUUCUCUGGCCUCAGCUCUGAAGUCCAACCCCUCCCAUCUGAGAGAGCUGCAGCUUGGUCUCAACAACCUACAGGAUUCAGACGUGAAGCCGCUGUCUGAUCUUGUGGAGAGUCCACACUGCGGACUGGAGACCGUGAGCUACAAGGAGUGGUCUCCGAGUGUGAGUGAUCAGAAAGGUGGUGGUGUUGAGAGAGGAUCAGCUGUGUCCUGAUGAUCCAGAGAGGUUGAAGCAGCAGCAUCAGCUUGUGUGUGGAGAGGCUCUGACUGGGCCAUGUUACUGGGAGGUAGAGUGGAGAGGAGAGCUUCAUCCAGCAGUGACUGACAGAGGAAUCCCAACAGUGCUGCAGUCUGAACUGCUCUGAGAUCAGCUCCACUGUCAGGGAUGAAAGAAUUUGCUUCAUUAGACAAAUUAUAAGCGAGAUUGCUUCAUGUGUCAUUGGCUUUGUAUCACACAUUCAAAAACAGAAAAUAUAUUAAUAAAAUUGUAUUGUAUAAACUGAAUAUUGGAAUAAACUGAAAAUGUACUUCUAUGAAUUUGUUGAUGAGACUGGUGCCAACUUUGGAGCAGAGGCAGGUGAUUGUCCAGCAAGAGACACAUUCAGUGGUGCCACAGGAAUGUGGAGCUAGUGGAGCUCGAGGAUUCAGUGAAUUAGCCUGUUUCAAAGGCUGAGACAGAAAGGGAGCACAUCUGUUACCAAUUAAGCUAAUUAUAUAAAAACUACAGUAUAAUGUUGACAUGCUUUCAAAAACACGAGAUACAUGUAUUCGACCCUGUACGCAGGAUAAGCGUUUGACAAUGGAUGGAUGGAUGGAUAAUAAUAUGGAUUACAGUGCAGUAUUCUUCUUAUUCUUUUAUUCCAUCUAUGAACAUUAUCAAUCCCAGCUUGAAGGCCUGCUCAGAUAAAAAAAAAAAUUCUAAAGUCGUUUUAAAGGCGUUUGCACUGUGCUUGUUUUUGUUUUUUUCCCUUGUUGCAUUGACGUUCUCAUUGUAAUACCAUUAUUGAGUUAGCAAGUUUUGCCAGAAACACACCCGAUAACUACAGAGAAAUGUCACUGCUUUCGUUUUAUCGACUUGUCCGUUGUUGUAUUUCACUAGGAAAUCGAAGUGUGCCCAAACAGAAGACCUUAACAAUAAGGGAGGGUUUUCAAGCUCUGACUUCUCUGCACUGGCCAUGAUGCGCUAAGUCGCUUGUUAGCUAGAGGCUAGGCUAAAGUGUGCUGCUUGUGUAGCGCUAUGAAGAACAACCUGCACUCUGUUGCCUAUUUAUUGAUAUUCUGACUGUGUAUUGAAUAAACCAGAAUAUGAUCAUGGUG